AUGUGGAUCUCUGAGGAGUGCGAGUGCGGGUGUUGCGACCCGCGAUGUUGCACCAUCUGCAAGAUGCACGAGUGCCCGGUGUACUUGCACACCCAGGUGUUCAGGGUGAGAGGCGCCAAUGGCACGAAUGAAACAUACGUGCGGGGAUUCUAUUACGACCAUGUCCACGUGGAGAAGAAACUGCGGUUGCCUCCAGACGCCAUCACGGAGGCCAAUGCAGCUGAACACUCCGAGAAUUUGUCUCAUCACCGCGGCAUCUCUCAGGCCGAGGCGCUGCAGUGGAUUACAAACCAUUCGGCCGAUCACACAGGCGUCACUGAUGCUGACACAGCCAAUGGAUGGUUCAAAACAGUAGCCUCCUAG